CUCUGCCAGAAUGACCAUCUAAGAAGAUUAGCUCGCACUUAAAAAGGGAACUCUUGGACACGGCUGAUAUCCAAAGUCAGAAACUCAUCAGCUUCUCAGACACCAUCAGGAAAACCACUUUGAAACUUCAACAAGAGAAAUGGCAGAUGUUGCUACUCCUGCCGAGAAGAAGGCGCCUCCCAAGUUCAAGCAGAGGGCCGUACGCACUUUCAAGAGCAAGGCGCCCAAGCCGGGCCAGAAGGGAUUUGGAGACGACAUUCCCGGCAUGGAGGGUCUCGGCACAGACAUCACGGUGAUCUGCCCCUGGGAAGCGUUUGGGGACAUGGAGCUCAGCGACCUGGCCAAAUAUGGAAUCAUUUAACAUUGAACCCUGCAUCCUGCCCCCUACUAUGACCCCCCCCCCCCCCGUAUCUCCUUUUCU